AUGUCCUUAUGUUCCUCGAGUAUUGCUGCAGCUUGGAACUUUCUGGAAAAAAAAGGUACCAAAGACUAUCUGCUUGCCCAGAUUCUGCGGGACAGGGGAAGUGAUUGUGGCAACUCUGGGCACCUUUGGUUUCUCUUGGGUGGCAGCAGCAACUGCACUAAACACUAUUUACAUCUUCCUUCUGUGGCUGCUCUGUUCGGUGCUAAGCGCAUCUGCCCCCGUGCUAUCGUGUACUUGCUUGUCCAGCAUCUUCCCUACAGAAACAGGAGAAAAACUCUCCGAAGCCACAGAGUUUUUCCCAGCUCAUAUCAAGGCCACAAACCGUACAUUUGCAAGAACAGUAACACGCUUACAAGGCUAGGCGAAUCUGUACUUAUUUUUGCCGGGCCCUCUGCGGUUCUGCUUCCCCACGGAAGAGAAAUGUGCUUCAGGUUCGGCCACGUCGUCAGGCCGCCUGCCGCAAAACUCCGCGCCAUUCCCAUCAGCUUAUCCCAGCCGGCCGAUCCUGGCACAGUGGACGUCCACUUCAAGCAGGUUCAGGACUGCAGCCCCGGCCUCCGUGCCCGGAGCCCCGGCCUUCAGGCAUUCUACUUAAAAAGCACUUUCCCGCAAAGCUUUGCAUUUAGGAACAGCUUGGUUCCGGGGAUCUCAAAGCACACUCAUGACCCCCGCGGCAUUCCUCCCUGCAAAAUGGAGGGAGAUCAUAAGCUUCCUUUGGGGCAGGGCCGCUGCCAAGCCCGCCGCCGCCCUGCCGCACUCCGGAUUGUCUCCGCACCGAGGACGGACCGACAGACCGACCGACAGACGGACCCAUGUUCCCCGCCGCCGAAGCCCCCAAGGCCCCCAAGUCCCCCGCCGCCGCCCCCCCCCUCCCGCCAUGGGGCCAAGAAGGAGCGGGCCCCGGGGGAGGACCGCCACGACAGCGGCCUGGACUCCAUGAAGGACGACGACUACGAGCUGAUGGUGCAGGAGCUGAGCGCCAUCCGCCUCCAGGCCCUGCCCCCGGAGCCCCCCACCCUGCCCGCCCACCCCUGGACCCACCACCUCACCGACGACGGAGACUCGUUCCUGCACUUGGCCGUCAUCCACGAGGAGAAGGCCCUGGCCCUGGAGGUCAUCCACCGGGUCCAGGGCGACCUCGCCUUCCUGGACCUCCAGAACAACCUGCAGCAGACUCCACUUCACCUGGCCGUGAUCACCGGCCAGCCCGAGAUCGCGGAGACCCUCCUGAAGGCCGGCUGCGACCCCGAGCUGCGGGACUUCCGGGGGAACACGGCCCUGCACCUGGCCUGUGAGCAGGGCUGCUUGGCUGCCGUGGGGGUCCUCACCCAGUACUGCCAGACGCAGCACCUCCACAGCGUCCUGCAGGCCAGCAACUACAACGGUCACACGUGUCUCCACUUGGCCUCCAUUCACGGCUACCUGGCAAUCGUAGAGCGCUUGGUGUCCUUGGGAGCUGACGUCAAUGCCCAGGAGCCCUGUAACGGCCGGACGGCGCUGCACCUCGCGGUCGACCUGCAGAAUCCUGACCUGGUGUCGCUCCUGCUCAAGUGCGGGGCCGACGUCAACCGAGUCACCUACCAGGGCUACUCGCCGUACCAGCUCACCUGGGGCAGAGAGAGCAGCAGCAUCCAGCAGCAGCUGGGCCAGCUGACCAUGACCAAUCUGCAGCUGCUGCCGGAGAGCGACGAUGAGGAGAGCUGCGACACCGAGUCGGAAUACACAGAGGACGAACUGCUCUACGAUGACUGUGUAAUUGGAGGCCAGCCCCUCGCGUUGUGAACUGAGCAUGUUGGAGACAACGUGGCCGUGUAUAUUUGUACAAAGACAUAUUUUAUUUUUCUUAUUAAAAAAGGAAAAAAAAAGGGAAAAAAAAAAAAGCUACGCGGCCAGUCAGCCUCCGACGCUACAGGGCCUGGACCACGUCUUCGUAGCUUAGUUGGUGCCGGGAACCUGAGGAGCUUGGGAAAUCCAAGGAAGAUGUGUCUCGUGCCACGGAUUAGUGACGGGGCGGAGGGGGUAGUCCGUCCUUGUGUCCCCCCCCCAUCCAAAGAGAUCUCUUCCUCGUGGAUUCCUCCUCCUCUGCUGACUGUCCCCUGCCUGACCCCGUGGGAGCUGGGAGCUCGCCCCAGAACCGUCUGUGCAGUGUAGCAGCCAGAUGGUCCUCCCUCCCCUGUAUAUGCUGUAUAUGAUGUGUAUUUUGUUUGUAAUUAUUUUGGUACUGUGAGAUGUAUAUUUAUUAAACAGAUUUUUACAAAUGGAACAAC